AUGCUGUCCAAUCCGGAGGCCGCCGCGGCAGCAGAUGUUGUUUCUGAACAGCAGCAGCAGCAGCAGCAGCAGCAGCAGCAGCAGCAGCAGCAACAGCAGCAGCAGCAGCAGCAGCAGCAGCAGCAGCAGCAGCACGAGUCCAUUGCAGAGCGAAUUCGCCUUUUGUGCCGCAUUUGCGCGCGAGCGAAGCAGCAAGUGAGUUCGGACUUUUCGAAAAAAGAAAUUCCAAAAAGUUGA